AGUCGUUUCUGGCCGGCACUCGGUAAACAAAAGCAUGUGACGGCGUGAGGCGUCGAUGCGCGUUGGCAGUUCGCUUAUAUUUUAGGUUUCCUUAGUUAUUUCGCAGUAUACUUUGCAAUAAUGAUCAAAGCAAUCUUAAUAUUUAACCAAUAUGGAAAGAUCAGGUUGACAAAAUUCUACGAACAUUUCCAUGAAGAGGAGCAACAGCACAUUAUACGCGAGGUUUUUCAACUUGUUUCCAGGCGAGCAGACGACGUUUGCAACUUCCUUGAAGGUGGAGACUUCCCUCUGGACUUGCACAUUGAUAGAAAGUCUCGUCAAAAAUUCUGACUACAAGAUUAUCUACCGUCGCUACGCCACUCUGUUCAUAGUAUUCUGUGCUGACUCCAGUGAGAGUGAGCUGGGCAUCUUGGAUUUGAUUCAGGUCCUGGUAGAGCUGCUCGAUAAGGCCUUUGAAAACGUCUGCGAGCUUGACCUCGUGUUUCAUGUGGACCAGGUGCACUACAUCUUGAACGAGCUUGUGAUGGGAGGUAUGGUGGUCGACACCAACAUGACUGAACUCAUGACUCGUGUCACGGAUCAGGCAACCAUUGAGAAGCAGGAAGGUGGUAUCGCUAAAAACACUGUCAAGGCCAUCACAGCUGUCAAGAAUGUCAACCUGUCACGGCACAUCAAGGACAUGAAGCUUCCCGAUUUUGCAACUCUUAGUCAUGUAAAGCUUUAACGGUCCCUGGCAUGCGGUGCAUGUGUUUUGCAUGCCAGCAUUAUGCCAAUGCAUGUGUUUGUGUUUGCAUGCCGACGUUACGCCGAUUUUCUUACACCUUCCAGCUUUUUUAUUGGUAAAAUUGUGUACUCGUAGAUAAUGUGUCCAGCUUUGGUGGGUGGUGUUAUUGUCGGUACUUAAUACUAUUGGUCAUUGUAUAAGUGAUGAAACUUGCUACUUUGCCAUGGGGCACAAGUGCUAAAAUUUGUGAGAUUUCUUUUGUCUAGUUGCUUGACUAAGUACUCAGGCCUUCUAGCGCUGUUUUUUAGCAAGUAGUUCUCACUGUAUUGAAUGAACGCCAGCAACCAUAAGCUUUGGCUAGAAACUUUUACUACUACUUCAACAAAACAUGUUGACUUUCGCAGAUACACCGCUUUAACAACUACAAGAGCUGUGCCUGCACUUCUUGCCCUUCUGAUGUAAGAAGAAGCUGCUAAUGCUCUCUGUUACCGUGAAAAAAUUGUGAAAUACUGUUUGCAGCAUUUCCAGGCAGUCAAAAGUGCAAAUGCUUCUCCUAACUCACCUCGUACUUGCCAACGGGCCUUGUCUUGAGACUAUUUCUUGAUUCCAGUGAGUGCAGAACACUGCUUCCCUUCAGAUAAAGUAGAUACUGCAGCCAAUUUUCUUCAUAUAUUUUAUUUAAUUACCAUAAGGGUUCAGGUGAGCACUUCAUAGAGGAGUUAAAAUACACUACAGAAUAAUUCUCAUGUGUAAAUGUGUAGACUUUGAACAGUGUGAGCAUUUCAAGUGCGAGGGGCAUUCUGAAAGUAAUUUUAGUAAUUUAUUUUCACACAGAAACUUUAUUACCAAAAAAAAUACACUAUGGCAUCAUGAACUACACACCCUGCACUCUUUUUCCACAUAGUCACAACCGACAUUGAGACAUUUGUCGUAGUGUGCAAUCAGUUUGAAGAAACCACUCUGGUAAAACUCCGUGCCCUGUGAUUCAAGGAAUUGUCACACAGCCUGCUCCGCCUCAGCAUUGUUUAAGAAAUGACGUCGCCAGAGCGCGGCUUUCAAUGCAGGGAACAGGUGCUCAUUUAUACCCAAUAACAGCAUGCACUUCCAUUGGUGAACACGUUGUCAGUGCACAUCUGUCUGCCAUCGCAAUUUGUACUCGAAUACCCUCGGGCUCCUGCUGCUACUCUCUCUUCUUUGGUGCUCUGGGCAUGCCUCAAUUUUCCUCCACUGACCCUCCUUCAGUCACCAGCAACAGGCGUGGAUUCUUAUGGCGAUUGCUUGUUUCACCUGGUGUACGGCCUUCUCUUUAAAAAAAAAAAUGAUGAAACUUAUUUUCGGAACAUUCCUCGUAGUACUGGGUAAAGUAAAAAUAGAAGUGUGACACAAGCACAAAAAUGUCAACACAGAACUUGGAGCAAGAGUGUUGAUAGAGGUAAUCGAAAGGCAGAUCAACGUGCUGGCACUGGCGCAUUAUCUAGAGACUGUAAAUCAAGUUGCAGAGCAGUUUGUGCACUUCUGCAUCCCCACACAGCGCAGGGCUUGGCUUACAGCUGUAAAAGGUUAAUCUGACAAGUUAUACAAUCGACUCUUGUUACAGCGGAUCCUUAUAAACCGACAGAAAGCGUCCAUUUUAUCCGAAGUCCAUAAUAUCCGAAGCGUCUCACUUCCGAAACUUUGGUCUCGAUUGCAACAUUAUUGCAAAGAGUGAGUGAGAAACGAUCGCCCGAAGGGCAAAGCCUUGAUUGCGAUAGCAAAUUAUAGUAGGCCGCUAUGCGAAGUAAGUAUAGUAGUUUUAUUGGCCGUAUAAGGCAUAAGAAUAAGCUUACAAACUAAAUUAACAAGCACGGUGUCAUGCGCGCACAGGUAAACACGAAUACAUCUCGCCCAAUGACUGUGAAAAGUUGUUGUCAACACGGAGUGAGGAAGCGUGGCUGCAGCAGUGAGCGAAUUUACCUUUGUGCUGUCUCUCGCUUCAAUGCGAACUAAACGUCGAAAGCGCAGAGCAUAUAGAGCUACCAGCAAUGGGGGCACUUGGUCCACAUUGCAGAUCGCUUUCAAGAUACAGUGCCUGCGCGACCGAGCCGUAAGCAGCAGCCACCGGAGUAGAAGCCCCCCUCCCCGUGCCUCGCACGCAUGAAAUGAGACUGCGCACUUCUGCCCCGCCUUUCUUCCUCAGGCACGUAAUAUUGAGCCACGAUGGUCAGCUGACCCUCGCAAAUCAGUUGUCAGCCCAUGUCGACAGGGCAAAAGUAUGUUUCAUACUCCUGAUUUUGAAAAAAAAUUGCCGCUAAUUUCAUCUAAUUUAGCCGAUAGUCCAUUGUAGCACAGUCCUUUAAAAGUGAACUUCAUUGCAUUAAUAAAAUAAGUAGAACAAACUAAAGCUGAAAUAUUGUCCGUUAUAUCUGAAAGUCUAUUGGGAAUUGGUCCGUUUUAACGAGUGUAGACUGUAUAUUUAUUCACGCCCUCAGUCCAUGUCCUCGGUACACAUCUUGGCGCAGAGUAGCAGGCUGGAGGAGUCAACCUCAGGUUGACCUUUCUGCUAUAUUUUUAACAAGCUUCUCUCUGUCCAAGAGUACCUGGUUACAGAAUCUUGGCGCAGUAAUUGCAACAUAACAUGUUAAUGAGUAUCAACCACAUCACCUGAUUGCAGCGCGCCUCUUUAUAGUCAAGGUAGAGUGUUGAGCAUAGGAAUCAGGAUAAAGGACUAAGUGACAUCAGGGAUGCGUUGAAUGUAAACUUCCGCAUAAUGGGGUUAUGUUUUUUUCCUAUGACUCCUCUAAUAGUAGGAUGAUCGAUGGCGGUAACCAAUAGUUCUUGAUUACCGUCCAAAGUUUGCAAACUGUGCCUUGGGAGUGCUGGGUAAAGACAACCUCUUUCCAUUGCCUGGCUUACUCGCCUGCGAAGUUUUCCCCAAGGGUUGCCACAUGGCCAGCAACUACCCUGAGACAUGGUAUAGCCUCCAAGAUUGGCACCCACCAUUUGACUAACUCGUAUCUGUUCACUCUCACGAGGUGUUGCUGCAGCCAUGGCAGAUUUUGGGUAGAAUGUCUCAAUGUGCUUUCUUACCCCUGUACUUUAUUCGGGCGUUUUUUCUACUGUGUUGUGGUAGCAUGUGCAACACAUUUUAACGAGCGUGCAUAGCAGGCUAUAGAAAAGGACCAUGUGUACUGCCUGUAUCUUAACCUGAUGACACUAACCUAGAAGCUAAAAAUUGAAAAGAAUUUCUUUUAGUACAUUAGUUCAUGUUAGCCAAAGAUAGGAACCUGCCAUGGUGGCUUAAUGGCUGUGGCAUUGUCCUGCUAAGCAGGAGGGUGGGGGAACAAAUCCUGGCCGUGGUGGCCUCAUUUUGAUGGGGGCAAAAUGCAAAAAUGCCUUUGUACCAUGCAUAGGGUGCACGUUAAAGAGCUCCAAGUGGUGAAAAUUCUCUGCUAUGGUGUGCCUCCCCCACUAUGGUUUGCCUCAUGAUCAGAUCGUGGUUUGCGCACGUAGAACCGCAGAAUUUAAUUUACCGGAGAGAGUUGAGAAUGUACUGGGAUAUAAGUGCUACUACUAGGGUCAAGGCCAAAGUGAUCUCGGGACAUUGCAAUUUUCAUUUUAACUUUGCUCUGUUUGUACUGAUAGUAUAUUACUUGAUUUCAUAUGUCUUGUUUGUUUUCUUUUUCAUACAUGUCAUAACAAAUUCCACAGGCAUGAGAUUCUUUAUUGACAAGUUGUUUGUGGAAGACUACAUACUCAUCUUGGAGCUGGUUGGCAUGUUAUUGAAGUGCAAAUUAGCUACACAUUGAAGUAUACAGACACAACAGCGCCUAACGGCCACUCCUGUCAAAAUCAUGUCUUGGCAGCAACGUGUGGGAAGCAUGAACCAAACCUUUUGUUCAGGUAACUACCCCACCUAUCAGGAAAGUUUCUUUUACCGGCAUGCUCAUAUUUUUACUCCUGCUUGAUAUCACGGUUUUCUCGGAAAACAUUCUUGGAAUGCUCAAAUUACAUACUAGAUGGAUGGGCUAUGCGGAGUGAAUUAAUUAUGAUGGCAGUUCAUGCUCAAGAUACGAUUGCCCUAGGCUAGCGGUCUGACAUAACGCAGCACCAACAUUCUGAGCAGUUUACCUCACAAGACCCAAAUGCAAUAUAUCAUAUCUUUUUCUCACAUGAACUUGAAAGAGCUCCAUGCACUUUUUCUUAGUGGGGGGCACGUCCGACCUAGCAAGGACAUGAGCUCACAGCAAACAUUAGGAUUUUGCAGCAUAUAUUUGUGUACUUGUUGAUGAUGCCAGUGAUUAUCAACAGACAGUGCAGAUAAUGCCAGAUAUCCGCUUGCAUGUUGCUGUUAAGAUAUGAGCUGUGUACUUGCGGUGACUUGAGCUGCAUUACUUCAUAGUAUUUUCACAUGUUGUUCAAGCAUAAUGUUGUCCUCCAUUUGGGCGUUGCCAUAUGCUGGGCUUUUUGUUGUUGACAUGUAAAGACCAAGCAAGUUGGCACUUGAACAAAAGAGAAGCAUACACUCUUAAACAUUGUGCACACUUUAGAAUGUAAUUUUAUCGUAGGCAAACAUUAUCAGUUGUACGCAGUUCUGUGCUUGAGCACAAACAUGAAUCAUAACGGGAAAAUGCCCUGCUUGCAGUGCUAAAUGAGAGAGCAACUUGCAUGAUUGAGGACAAUUUUUUAGUUGAGUUUCAAUAUAAUGAACAUGGAUAUAACAUAUUAUUGAAUAUAAUGCAGUAAAUAAUCUUUACAGAAAUGCUUAUAACGAAUAUCAGAUAUAACAGAGAUAUUUUUGUCAGAAGCGACUUCGUUAUAAUGAGGUCCAGCUCUAUUGCAGAAUUGUGCCCUCAAUCGUCUGCAGUUAAAAAAUGCAUAUGAGCACAUAAGAAGUUUAUGCUGUUGAUAUAGCUGAUGCUGAAUGAAUGUUUCAUCAGUUUGGUUGUCUUCAUCAGACACUGUCAGCGCACAAGGUCUACAUAUAGAAAUGAUUGGUCAGCAGGCCACACAAUACAAAGUGUGAAGAAAAUAUUUUAUUGUGUGCAAUUGUAACUCUGCUUGAUUACUUUUAUACUUACCACCAUGACGUACGUAUCUGGAGUGUUCUAAUGUUCCUGUGCCAAAGAGCAUACUAAGUCACAAAAUACUGUGGUGCCUGUGUUGUCAACAUGUUAGUACCUGCUAAUAAUAGUUUUACUUAUUCAGAAUACUCUUUGCAUACUUAGCUCAAUAACCGCGUUAAGGAAAGAGGUUUACUUGUUUUUCGCAAUUGUAUGGAAGAUGUAUUUUUGAAGUGCUGUUUAUUUACACUUCUUGAUAUUCUAAAUAAAGUGAUCCUUUUCUAUUAACAAA